GGGCGGGGGCGGUGGCGGCGGCCGCGGAGGCCGCAUCCCCGGCCGGGCCAGGGAAGGGGUGACCGAGGGCGGGGCGGCACCGGCGGCCGGCGGGGCGCCUCAGGCGUCGCGUCCACCGGCCCGGCCGCUCGCGCUCCCCUGGGUCUGCGGGGCCCGCGCCGGCCCGCGCCCAUGGCGGCGUCGGCGGCUCUGUCGGCGGCGGCGGCGGCGGCGGCCCUGUCGGGCCUGGCGGUGCGGCUGUCGCGCUCGGCGGCGGCCCGCGGCUCGUACGGCGCCUUCUGCAAGGGGCUCACGCGCACGCUGAUCACCUUCUUCGACCUGGCCUGGCGGCUGCGCAUGAACUUCCCCUACUUCUACGUGGUGGCCUCGGUGAUGCUCAACGUCCGCCUGCAGGUGCGGAUCGAGUGAGCGGGCGCCGCCGCAGCCCCGGCCGGAGGGUCCCGCGCGCCGGGCCGCGCCGGGCAGGGGCGCCGGCAUGGAGGACGGCCGGCGGGACGCGGCGGGGGCAGGCGGCCGGGCGGCCCGGGCCGCCGGGCCCUAGACCUGCGCGGGAGGACGCCGGCCAGCCGGCCGCCGAGCCACCCGGCCCGGCCCCGGCCACGAGCCGCCCGCCCCCCCCACCCCCCCCCGCCCGCGGCGCGGCCGGUGACCUAUUGCACAGAAACUCUGCAAAGGGGCCCUUUGCGUCGGGCUCGAGAAGAAAGAGAAAAGAACCAAACCCGGUUGGAGUGCGGCCGACCUGUUGCCUCCCGUCGGCCAGAGCCCGGGAAGCAGCAAGGAAACAUUCCGCAGCAGGGGCUUGACUGGCCCGGGUCCGCCAGGAACCGGGGUUUGUAGGUGGUGACCCACCCCUUCCGUGGCCUUGUCAAGAGACUCAAAUCCGUGCCCAGGGGCCGCCCCUGGCCCCGGAGCUGCCCGGGGAGCAGCUGGGCAAAGGGCCUGGCCCAGGAGGAGAGAAAGGACCUUCCAGGCCGAGGCCCCGAGGGCUGGGGUAGCCAGUGGUCCCGUUCUGGCGUGGGGAAGGACGCCACCCUGUCACCUCAGCUCUGCAUCUCCUAGCAACACUUUGAGGGCCUUCUGUUCUCCCCACCUGAUGCUUGGAAAAGCUGGCUCUGGGACAGGGAGAGACGUGUCCUUGUCCUACAGAUAAGAAGGGGUGGGGCUGAAUCUGAGAACACCUGGCACAGGUGGGGUGGGGAAGGGGAGCUCAAGGCCCCCCCGGGGGACCUAGGGGGAGAGAGAGAGAGAGAGAGGUGCAGGGUAGGGAAUGUGGGGAACUGGCUUUUCUUGGAGUGGUGUGGGAGGUCACAGGGAAGACCGUCAGCGCUGAGAUGGACACAGGAGAGAGUCCUAGAACGCCUUGCGGAGUGGAGGUCUUUACCCACAGAGCCUGGCCUCCCCUGCCGCCCCACCCCAGGCUGGACCAAGGGCUCCUCGGCAGUUGAGUGGGACAAGCCUCUCAGUUUGGGUGGCAGGGUGGGGGUGGCAGGGGGUGGCGUGGCUGCUGGGGACAGGACGGAACCAGGAGGGUGAAGGGAUGAACCUGGGAUGGGGCUGGGACCCGGCACGACCCCAUCUGUCUGUCCCCAGGCUCGCGCCCCCCUCCCCAGCCCCAAGCCCAGGAUCCCACAGGAGAACCUCCUCUGGAUGGGCUUGAAUUGGCCCUGGAGGCCCCCGGUGUACAGCUCCCUGACGCACCAGGAUGGCCAGGCGUGGUUCCCGAGGCGGGCCAGGAAGGACCCCGGUCCCACAGCCACUCUGUCACUGGUUGCUCUCGGCUCCCAGGCUCCGAAUUCCUGGGCCUGAAACCCCAAGCAGGCUGGCCAGCCCCAGGGACACGGUGGCCCAGUGUCACACCUCCUGGCCUCCUCAGCCGCCACGCUGGAGGCCGGGUCCUGAGUGAAGAGUUGUGCCCGCCUCACCCCGGGGACCGAGGCCAGAUGAGGCCGCCAUGUGUUGUCCCCUGCAGCUUCCCACAGACAGGGUGUGAUGGCUUCCCGCCUUGUGCCAAGUGUCCUGGGAUCCCCGGUCCCGGUGGCGCCUCCUGUACCCCAACCCUUUCCACCCAGGACCACUUCUGGGAGCCUGCCGGCCUGCCGACUCCAUCCACAGAUGUCCGGGGACAGCGUGUGAGAGCCACGUGGGGCCUCCUUGGGGCUGAUCCACAGAUGUGCCCCUUGCAAGGCCCCGUCUCACCCUCGGGGUGACCUGCUCCCCAGCUGCGGCCUUGUGGCUCAGCUGGAGCUGCCUGGGGCCUGUGACACCUCUUGCCCACAGGGAGAGGGGUGGGGGGAGCCUCAGGGCCCUGGCCCGAGACGCCUGCCCCGCGGGGCGCCCCAGCCAGUGCCUGCCCCGCCCCGGGGGCCCGGAAGUCUCCGCACAGCCCCCGAGCGACUGGGCAGGGGCUGCCCUUCUUCGGCCUGUGGUCCUGCCUCUGCUUUUCUGACCGGUUUGGCCUUGAGUAGGUAGCGAGCUUCUCCCCAGCCCCCACCUUCCCUCUGCCCGCACUGGGCCCUGGCUGCCUGACAGGCUCUCGAUGCACUUUAUUUAUUUGCAGUCUGUUUUCCAGGCAGCAGAGCUUCUACAGAAUCCGAGACCCGGGCUGGAGAUGACUGUCACUUUGCUGUGUGUGAUUAACUGUACUGGUCAGCACCUGCUGCUCAGAGCACGGUCUCGUUCCCGGUGUUGUCAGAUCUUGUCACUCUAAGUUAAAAAAACAAACCCUCCCUGAGUUCAAUAAAGUAAAAGAAAACUGGA